ACUUGGGGUGGGCUGUAAUUUAACAGCCAAAUCAGUGAAAAAUGGCUCCCAAUCAGAAGCUGGCUGAGCUGGAGGCUUGGCGUGUAUCUGGCAUAACCCGUACGUAUCCCAGCUAUCGCAGAGAGUGGCCCAUCAGUGAAGAGAGCUGGCUGGAGGGAAAACACAGCGACGAUGCAGCCGAAGGUCUAUGGCGUAUCAAAGAUAAGCUCUACGAUCUGUCGGAUUUUGCUCGAAGACAUCCGGGUGGUGCUUUCUGGAUAGAACGGACAAAGGGCACAGAUAUAACCGAACCCUUCGAGUCACAUCACAUCGAGGACCACGCUCAACGAAUGCUCAGCAAAUUCGAGGUGCGAUCAGCUGCUCAGCCGAGAAAUUAUAAAUUUACACUGGAAGAGAAAGGUUUCUACUUGACCUUAAAGAGACGAGUGCGAGCGAAGCUGCGCCAACUGAACUAUCGACCCAGCCAUAAAACAGAUCUCCUACACACCGGCAUCCUGAUCUCUCUGCUGUUCUUCAGCUGGGCUGGCACUGCCUUCAACUCCCUGCCACUGCGUGCCCUUGCGGGUCUGUCGCUCUGCUGGCUCUCGACAUCGGCUCACAACUACUUCCAUCAGCGCGACAAUUGGCGCAUGUAUAGCUUCAACCUGCUGCUGCUCAACUGCAACAGCUGGCGCAUAUCGCACGCCUUGUCCCAUCACGUCUAUCCCAAUUCGUUGCACGAUCUGGAGAUGUCGCUCUUCGAGCCCUUCCUCUGCUGGGUGCCCAGCCGGCACUAUGCCAGCAGAGUGCAGCGCGUGAUCUCUGUGCUGAUAUCGCCCUUUGUAUAUACAGUUAUGAGUCUGGUGCAGUUUACCGAGCGACUGGUCUACUCGCUGCUCAAACGGAACGUAAUGUACUGGCAUGAUCUACUGGGCUUCACGCUGCCCGUCUUUCUCUAUGCAUCCACAAAUGCUGAUCUCAGCUCUGUGAUCUUUAGUUGGUUGAUUAUCCUCGGCAUGGGCAGCUUUCUAUUUGGCUUCAUUGGCUUGACAGCGGCUCAUCAUGAUCCUCGCAUCUACCACGACGGCGAUGCGCCACGUCCCGAUCGCGAUUGGGGUCUCUUUCAGCUCGACACGAUCAUCGAUCGUGGCGACAUCAAAUGGUCCGAUUUGCUGGUGCUCACGCACUUUGGCGAACACGCACUACAUCACAUGUUCCCCACCUUGGAUCACGGAGUGCUGCGACAGCUCUACCCGGAGCUACAGCAAACCCUGAGAGAGUUCAAGUCGGAGCUGCGUGUAAUGAGCCAUUGGGGCCACAUCAAGGGGCAAACACAGCAGCUGCUGCGCAUGGAAACGAAUCCCAUUCCACCGGGCAGCAAGAAAGCUGAAUAGUUUAUGAGCCAAGUUUAAGUGUUGUACAGGUAUUUGGGUGUACUAUGGCCUAUAAAAUAUAUGUAUAUAGUUAUCUUUUUUAUAUGGAGAGUGUAGACGAGUUUUAUGUGCCGCAAUUAAAAACUAUCUCGGUUUUAUAUACUAUUAAUCAGCUGGGCCACGGAAGUUGAUAAA